GAAGAAGAAAACCUAAGAGCAGGUAUGUCAGUUCAGAGGUUUCCUUAAGUAACGGAUGCAACAAACACUCUUAGCUAAGAAGAACAUCCAGCAGCCAAGAAGACAAACCUGCUAUAGGUUUCACUUUAACAUAAAAAUAGGCAUCAUCUUUGUUGUUGGGAAGAUGUUUGUCAUCUUGAUUAGCAUCUUAAUGCUCCAAGAUGUACACACGGUCUGUGUUGUGCAAGAUAUUUGCCCAGAGAACACAACCGUGCAGGCCGAGAUCGUAGAUGUGCACAAUGCCUUCAGGAGAGCGGUUGAGCCUCCUGCAGCUGACAUGCUGAUGAUGGCCUACAGUUUGGAGUUAGCAGCCAGUGCUCAGGCUUGGGUUGACAGAUGUAUUCUUGGUCAUGGACCCACCAGCACUCGUCUGCUUGAUGGAUAUGAAUUAGGUGAGAAUCUGUUAUUUUCAUCUUCCCGAUCUUCAUGGACCAACAUUAUAAGUGCCUGGCAUGAUGAGAAGUUACACUAUCGUUAUCCCAAUGGAUCCACCAACGGACAACCCAUCGGUCAUUACACACAGGUGGUGUGGAACAGCUCCUACAAAGUGGGCUGUGGACUUGCUCUAUGUCCCAACAACAUCUACUUCUACGGCUGCCAUUACUACAGAGCUGGAAACUUCAAGAGAUGGCCACCUUACAAGGUUGGAACCUCAUGUGCUUCUUGUCCAAACAACUGUGUGGACAACCUCUGUACCAAUCCAUGUCCUUAUAUAAACAGCUUCAUCAACUGUCCCAAAUUGAAAGUCAUCAAUGGAUGCAACAACCCGCUGGUGUUUGCCUGGUGUCCUGCUUCAUGCAAAUGUACCACUGAGAUUGUUCCAAUAUAUUAGACAUGCUCAGCUUGUGUUCUUUAUCUAGCGAAUCAAAUGCCUGAUGCUGGCGGCUUCAAAGUACAAUAAAGUUGAUCAUUUAAAAUUGG